AAUGCCAGUUAUCGGCAUUUCUCUCCUCACAAGCUGGGACAUCUACACAGAUCAUCAGGGCACUGAUAAUCAGUGUGCUCUGAUGAUCUGUGUAGCCCCAGCAGCGCCACCUGUCAGUGUCCAUAAGUGCCAGCUCUCAGUGCGCAUCCAUGCCACCUGCCAGUGCCCAUCAGUGCCACAUUUCAGUGCCCAUCAGUGCCACAUCAAUGCCACAUCAGUGCCCAUCGGAGCUGCCUUUCAGUGUCACCUAUCAGUGCCAGUCAGUGCCACCUAUCAGUGCUGCCAAUCAGUGCCACCUAUCAGUACCAGUCAGUGCCGCCUAUCAGUGUGCAUCAGUGCUGCCUAUCAGUGCCUGUCAUUGCUGCCUAUC